CUAUUGUCCGCUUCCUCCUCGCGCGAUGAGCGUGCGCUGACCACGCUGGACUAGCGCUCCUCCUCGCCCCGCCUCAGUCCAACGCUGCUCCCGCCGGCGCUCCGCCUCCUCCGCCCUCUUCCUCCUCGCCGGAACCGAUUUCGUCCCCUUCCGGCGUCGCCGGCGGCUUUUCCCGCCGGUGCUCCUCCUCCGCCCUAUUCCUCCUCACAUUCCCCGUUCGCGCCGCCGGAGGGUCGUCCCCUUCCACCGACACCGCCGUACUCCACCGAUGCCCUCGCCGGAAUCGAUUUCUUCCCUUUCCGCCGUCGCCGCAAUCCACUUCAUAGGUUCAUCUUGCGCUGAUUGGUUCCCGUCAGAUUUGAGUAGGAACUAAAGGAACCAACACUGUUCCCCCUGAACCCUAAGUUGAUCCUGUGCAGCCCCUAUCAAUGGAUUUGCAGCCGUGGUGCGAAGGCAUCGUAUCCCCUCAUGGCGUUGCAAUCCCAGUAGGAGCUUGCCAUCGGCCACAUCUGGCGUUUCACAAUCCUGCUACCGCUGAUUUUCAGAUGAUUUCACGAGCGUGUAGACAACAGCAAUUAUCAAACAAGGUUCAUCCCUAAAUCAGGUUAGUAAUCCCAAGCACCCUUUACUACCCCUUUCUUGCAAUUCAGGUCAACCAUCUCUUCUCUGCAUCCUAAUUCAAUGGACCACACAGGGAGCUUCUUUGGUAUACGCAGGGAGCAUCAGUACUGUCUAAUAUUGCACCAAUGUUAUCAUUGAAGCAAAACCAGUUUUAUUGUGUUUCAGUGCUGCAAUCGAUCUAAAGCAAUACCUUGAAGUACAUUUUGUAUAUUGUCUAAUGCCUCUCCCUGGACAUAAAGGGAUGAACUUCGUAAACUAUUUGCAGGGACAAGAUGAGCAAGCAGCUAACCAUUUCAUUAAAAUUGAGGUCUUUGUUGUUUGCAUGGAUAUGAACUGAAGAAUUGAGAUCUUUGUUGUUUGCAUGGAUAUGAAUUGAAGAAGGAUAAUAUUAUACUCUUGGAGUUCCCAAAAGGACAGUGCAAUGGCCGAUGAAGGCAUUCUUUGAUGCUCUGUCUACUAAGUUAAACUAAGGUGUAGUAUCCUGGUUAGUCUCCCUGUUCUUCGCUUUGCUAAAUGAAGUAUUAUAUAUUAAAACUUUAUUGGAGCAGUUUGUUGCCAACAAAUUCUAGGUAUGCAUAAAUAUUUAUCCGAUAUGUGUUUAGUACUUUAUCGCCCCUCUGCAACUUUGUGACUUCUAAUUUUAGCAUGAUUUUCUUUCAAAAUGUAUAUCAUAUGAAUAUUUACUUAUUUAUCUAUUUCUUCUUUUAAAAUAUUGCGGGGAGAUAUUAGAGUGUCUAAUGGACAUCUUAUUUCUCGAUGAUACAUUUAGUGAUGGAAUUGCAGUUGCGGAUACUACAAGUGCUGCAGCUGAUGUACAUGAGUACAAAAAGACCAGAAUGUGUUAAGAUAACGACUGCACUGCGACUAAAGAUGUCAAUUCAAAUUAUUCCUGACCUGAAUGAAUUAUCUGGAAUUAGGUCCACAGUCUUGGAGCACCAGUAUCUUCGAUCUUUCACUGGAGGUUUGCUUUUUCACGUGUAAUUAAAAUGUUGCACUGCAUCUUACAAAAUUAUCACUCUAGGAAGCUUACUUUUUGUAUGUCAGAAUUUGUUUGAUCGUUUUCUCCAAGAAGCUUACUAUUUGUAUGUUCUCAGCCAAUUUUUGCAUUUACUGUCUGGUUAGACAAUUACCCGUUGCAGAGCAGGUGUCCAUAAUGGAGAGGUUAUUAUAUUUUUCCUUUUGCACAAUUCUGUUUCCAAAGUAUUUAAAUUGUGCCUGUACAAUUUGUUCACAGGCAAGUUCACACUUUUUUAAUUUAGUUCAGAUCUUAGUUUCCAUCUGAAUAUAUGGUGCACCAUAGCCGUGGAAAACGGUAUAUACAGCUCUAUAGCAAGAAUUUGUUGGAUUCAUGCUAUUGAUACUUGGCUCGGUCAAUUUAUUUUACAUGUGCAAGGGAGAUCAGGUGCAUAUGCAGUGAGAAGAGUCAACAGAAAGGAAUGAGGAGUAAUGAGGCUUGAAGGAAUAAUAAUAUGCAAGGUGACUCCUUUAUAUUAGUUUAACAAACAGAGUGAAAUUGAUUCAUGCAUAUUAGUUUAAUAAACAAAGUGAAUAACUGAAGCGAAGUAAAUGAUCACGCUUUGGAUUUAAAUCCCCAAUUGAUACUGUUUUGUUUGGGGAAAACAUUUUUUCCUGUCAACUUUGCUAAAUGCUUUUCCUUAUGGUUUUCACACAAUGCGUGAACUAUUUUUUAGCACUGGAAUAAUGUGAACUCUGUUUUCAUACCAGAUGAUAUUUUACUUCUCCAGUUCACUUUGUGCACUCUCAGUAUUUGUAUUGAAUUAUGUCUUCCUUAUUAGCUAUAAAUGUAGCAAUCUGGAAGAAACUACUAAGUAUUUUGGAAUGCCAAAGUAUGUCUAAUGUCUUAUUGAGUAGAUUUUUUGCUAAUAAAGAAUCAUUUUUUGUGACCUGGUUUAAGUUAUAUAUAGCUUUCGUCAAGAAUAUAAAUUUUAUAAUCAAAUCUCCAGUUGCCACCUUAUCUUGAAUAAGUUUAGUUACCAUCAUCCUUAGGAAUCCUAAUUUUUUUUAUCAAAUUUCAUAGCUUCUAAUGUAGAUGACUUAAAUUUAAUCUCCAUCCCCGAUAUAGACAACAUGAAGGCUCAUAACUAAACUAUGGAAAUUAACUGUAGAUUAUGAAGGAAGUUUUUGAGGUGCCGGAUCAAACUAAUCAUGAAAAUAUUCAUUAUAUUUCUGGUAUUUGAAGUUGGUUUAUGCAAUAAACUGGUUGGAUCGGUACUCUUGACAGAAGUGAUAUUGGGAGUCCUAUUGUCCAAUUGGUAGCGUCCACUAACAAUAGUAGUGAUCGAGAGGCAAGUUGUCGUCCAUCACUAGAGAUUAAGGAGAAGAAGCUCUAUUAUUUGAAGUCAGUGACACUGAACGCUGUGAAAACUAUAAUUUGGUGGACCAAAUCUGUUUUGGAGCAAGGUAAGCCUCCUUUGGGACAGAAUGGCAGGCAUACACUCCUUAAAGGAUAAAUGGAGCUUGUGAGAACUAUGGACACUAAAUGGAGUUUUGGUUGCUCAUGUAGUAUUGUUCUAGGAUUUUUCAUGUUCAUAAAAAAUGGUUGAAAACAAGGAUCAUACGAAUUAAGAGAUGACCAUUUAAGAGUUUUUGUUUCUUAUUGUUAGAUCCUUAGCAGUUAGCACUUGCUUAUUUGUAAUACUAUGGAGUUACAAUAUUAUUUAUACAAAGUUGAUUAAUUGGGUUGUUCAAGAUUCAAUAAAACAUUUUAAACAUUUUAAAACAUUGUGUGCAACUAGACAUAAAACAUUGAUUAACUGUGUGCAACUAGACAUAAAACAUUUUAAACAUUCUACACAUCAAUGUAGGUAGAUGGUUCAAUCAAAUAUUGAUCAUAAGUGCAUUGCACGUGCACGAUCACUAGUACUAAUAUAAAAAGAAGCAGUUGUCCCCCUCCAAUCCUACAGGCCAAAUCACUCGAAUCGAUCUCUACCGUCCAUCUGCGCGCUUGAUUUCACCACCGCAUGAUCCAUCCAUCCACGCCACGCCGAAUACUUCACUCCUCCUCCACUCGCGAAGACAUCGCUCCACACGCGAAGACUUCGCUUCUCUUCCUCCUCGCUAGCUCCUCCUCCUCCCCGGAUGUUCUGCCGCUGCGCCGCCGCAUCCUCGCUGGAUAUCCUCCCCGCAUGGACUGCCGCCGCCGGAGCCUCUGAUUCUUCCCCGUGUGGACUGCCGCCGCAUCCCCACCGCCAGAGCCGCUGCUUCUUCCCUGCAGCCGGAGCCGCCGCGGCCGGUUCUGACCUCGGCCCCAUCCGCCGGCACCGGCGCUGAGGUCCACCGCCGCGACCGGAGCCGACCUCGGCCCCAUCCCCCGCGUGAUGACUACACGACGCUCCAGCGUGCUCCACUGACUCCAGCGUGCUCCGCGCCUCCCCGCCGCUGACACACUCCAUCGUGGCCUGCCCCCAACGGAGCUGACUCCGCCGCGCGCUCCUCGCUCCGCUCCUCCCUACCGCCGCCACACACCACCGCGCCCUGCCCUCGCCGGCGCCGUGGAUCUGUAUGUCAUGAAGCCUGUCUCCGCUGCCGCACACAGUCGACUCCCCCGUGAAUAUGCCUUUCGGCUCGUAUCACCAUCCCGUCACGGCCCUGUGGUCCUGCCUUCCAACGGCACUCUGCCGCGCCUCCAGUGGUGCCGCCGUUGUAAGGUUCAUAGUCUGCCCACACCACGCACUCGGUUCUCACGGACGUGUGCCAUCCUCUCUUUUGCAGGUGAGAGUGCAGAGUGUAGAGUGCUUCAGCUGAAAGUGAGUCUUCCGAUUCCCUUCUUCAGCCCAAUAGUCCUCUAUGUGGAUUAUCUGAAUCUGAAUGUACAUCAUUUUCUUUCACUAUGGCUUGAUUUACACUAUUCGAUCUAGCUAUCAGUUCAAGUGGAUACAAUCCUAUUGUUAUCCUUUCACCACAAUCAGUAGUUUUCUGAGAAGUUAAUUUCUUUGCAUACACUGAUGAACUCUGUAGUAGAUUCUAUGCAGGCUCUUUCUUGCUCAAUUAAUUAUUGCUCACUCUAUAGCAGAUCAACUCUGGAUUUAGACUUCUUUGGCCAAGCACUAUGGCUAAAAUGGCAUGCCAAGCUUGGAAUAGAAAGGUCAAGCAAUUUUUCCAACCACGGUGCAGCACGUGGCAAUGGCACUAACACUAAUUUCUAUCAUAUGUAGGCAGAUCCAAGUUGAUGCUGGCACAGGCUUUGGUGAAUCACUGAUGGGUGAGAGACCUGUAGAGUUCCUUGUCCAACAGAGCAAUGGUUGAGUUCUUUCAGUUGUGGGAUGAAAUUCAGAUGGUGUAGCUUCAACCAGGAAUAGCCACGACUCCAUUCGGUGGUAGCUAACAGGUGGGAGCUAUUUGACUUGUGUGGCUAGAAGUAUUCGAGUCAAUCAUCUGCUUGCCUCGGCCUACUUCAAUAGACAACGGAGGAUGCUCUACAUCAUAAUCGUAUGCAAAGACAGCAGUUAAUUGCAUUGUAUCACACGUUCAUUACAAGAUACUCAAAGCAAAAAACGGCAAUAUGUUGGUUAGCUGCUUGCACUUGCAAUGAGUAAGAGCAUAGAGGUUCUGGACUUACAAUCUGAGGUUACAAAAAAUGCAUGAAAAACGUGUAGGCUGUCGAAGCAAAUCCAUCAGGAGGACACCAUGGCAUCUGAUGUUGUCUACUAUGCAUUAAAGAGAUUACUGGUUGUUUCUAUUCCUUCUUUUUGGUUGAAAUAAUUUACGUUAAUAUAAUGUUUUCAUAGAAGUGAGCCAAUCUUGAUUUGUUUGGUUAACACGGGUUAUGUGUUGAACGUGUGAUCCAAUAGUAUGGCUUUGUUACGUUCUCUUAUCAGCUAAUUGUAAGUCCUUAGCAGCUGGAAUGCUGGAUCAUGACUAACAAGUGAAAAGGAUCAGUGAUAGUUUUAUGCUGGUGCAGACAUGCAAUGCCAAAUAAAACAUGGAUAAUUCCUUCUUGUUUGUGCAUAAUUAAUUGUUUGUGCAGGCUUCUUAGCACUCAGUAAUUUAUCUUUUCGAAGUUUCUAUAGUUGUGGCUCAUAUACAAGGGAUAAUUUUGUUGCUCAGUCUCACAAGGACAGCUCACUACCUAUCCAUCUAAAAUCUGAUUACACAUUUGCCCAUUAAAUUCUACUAUGCACAACAAGAAGCCACGAAUUCUACUAUGCACAACAAGAAGCCACGACUGUGCUCUUAAUUCAAAUCUGAAUUUGUUAGGACAUAUUAUUGACGUAUAACCACAUAAAUAAAUCCAAAGUAUAUAUAAUAUUUUUGUUUCCCCAUUUCAAGGUCUAUAUGAUCUUACUUAUUUGGUUUUGGUCCGCAUACUGGUAGUAUGCCUGAGAGUGGUUAUAUUGAUGACUGUUAAGAGAAUGACAAGUCAAUAUCUUGCUUUGAUACCUUUUUUUUUGCAUUUUUGAUUUAGCUAAAAAUAACUAUGUACUGAUAAUGGUUAUUUUUAUUGUUACAAAUUCCAAUUACAUGAGGAUAUGUUUUAUAAAUUUUGGGUAAAUAGGUUGUGCUUCAGAAGGUGUAGUUUCUAAAAUUUUUAGUGCAAUUAUGUACUCGGGCGAUAUAUUUUGUCAAAAAACGUGCAUUGCACGUGAGUAUUAGUAGUGUGUUACUGUGUUACAGUCCAUUGCAUAGACCAUUGGGCACACACACGCUGAUAAGCACAAGAUCCAAAAGCAAGUAACCGCCCAUGGUAUACUAUGCAUGUACGAGGCCGACAAAAGGGAAAGCAAGCCGGUGAUGCGCGUGAACACUGCGGCAUAGCGACAAGGCCACCUGUCCGCCAUGGCAUUCAUGAUUCAUGGCCGUCCCUCCCCCUGCGAGAUUCCCCCACUCACUUGCUCACACACCAAAGAAGCUACUGGGGCAGCCCAUUCACUGCACCAGUGUAGUAGCAGUGCUGCAGUUGCUUUGAACACUCAUCUCCUCACCGUGUUUGUUAGAGCUCAAAAGGAUCAAGAGAAGAUGAGGGUUCCUCCUCUUCGUGCCACCACGGCUCUCCUGGCCACCCUCCUGGUCGCCGCCUCGUUCCAGGAUCUCACCGUCGCUGCAGACGGCGGCGGCGGCGUGGUUCCGGUCCCGGAUAGCGUGUGCGACGCCAAGUGCCAGAAGCGGUGCUCGCUGAAGGUGGCCGGGCGGUGCAUGGGGCUGUGCAAGAUGUGCUGCCACGACUGCGGCGGCUGCGUGCCGUCGGGGCCGUACGCCAGCAAGGACGAGUGCCCCUGCUACCGCGACAUGGUCUCCCCCAAGAGCCGACGGCCCAAGUGCCCGUGAGCAACGAGAGAUGGCUGGCACUGUGACGAUGUGUAGCCGAUCCGUGGUAGUAGUGUGAUUGAUAGCGUUGGGAUCGAUCUCGGUUCUUUGAGAAGUGUUAGUGCUUAGUGGAAUAAAACAAGAAUGUCUGUCUAAGAUAUGUCUUGUGCUUUGUCCAGAGUAUGCUCUGAUAUCGCUCUGAUAUCUAGGCCGAGUUUAGUUCCAAAUUUUUUCUUCAAACUUUCAACUUUUUUAUCACAUCAAAACUUUCCUACAACACAAAUUUCUAAUUUUUCCAUUAUAUCGUUCCAAUUUCAACCAAAUUUCCAAUUUUAGCGUGAACUAAACACACAAGUUACUUUUGAUUAUUUUUUUUAAGCAACAGAAUUGAGAAUGAGGGUGUGUUUAGUUCACGCUAAAAUUGAAAGUUUUAUUGAGAUUGGAACGAUGUAACGGAAAAGUUAGAAGUUUAUGUAUAUAGAAAAUUAAAGUUCUGAUGUGAUGGAAAACUUGGAGGUUUAAAGAAAAAGUUGGGAACUAAACCAGACCUGGAUCAUCUGGCUCGAGCAGGGGCGGAGCUAGUAUAUAUUAGGGGGGUGCCCAGAAACCUGGUCAAGAAAAUUUUUUAGCUA